CGUUGACGUGUUUUCCGCAGGCACAGACCGGGGAAAGUUGUUUCCUGGAGUUGCCUCCCGGCUGAUAGUUUUCACACGAAAGCCCCGCGUUUGUACAGCAUGAUCAGGCCGGAUUCCUGGGACUUGUGUCGGGUGCAUUAGUGCGUUUGUGUCCCCGGUGUUGGAGCUGCAGGAGCUGCGGGGAGAGAACAUGAGCUGCGGGGAUGAAGACUCGGAGGCGAGCCUGCAAGCCCAGUUAGCUGAUUGCCGAGCUCAGGUCGAGCACUGGCAGGGUGUGGCGACGAUCUGUGAGCUGAGCAAACAGGAGGAACUGGCAGAGCUGCAGAAACAAUGUGAUCAAGAGAUCCAGUCUCUGCAGGAAGCCCUGAGAGAGACGGCAGCUCAGUAUGAGGCCAGGAUCUCGGUUCUGCAGGCGCAGCCUGUCGACUGGAGGAGAUCCAGCGGGCAGAACAUGAUCAGUAGCAGGAAAGGCAGGAUGGAUGCAGAAGCCUCCUCUACUGAGUCCCCCCCGUCUGUCGUCCACAGACUGGCAGAGGACGAGACGGCGUCGUCAAUGGACAGAAGGCAAAGUCAACCGGCAGAGCUGGACGCGGCGGCGGAGGGGGAAGGGACCCCACUCUCAACAGAGGGGUAUUUUUCACUACAGAACUGCGACUCGGCCUCGUUGUCCUCCUUCUCCCUAGACACGCCCUCUCUGCCCAGAAAAAUCCUCCAUCAGGACGACACCGACUCGCUGGUGUCCACGGGAACUCUGGUGCCCGAGGCGAUCUACCUGCCGCCGGCCGGACACCGGCUGGUCACGCACAGCGACUGGGAUGCUCUCAAUGCACAGCUGUCAGAGCUGCGAGGGGAAGUGAGUCGGCUGCAGGUGGAGAAGGAAGACCUGGGGAGAGAGCUGGAGACGCAGACCAACCACACACACAAACAGGUUUCAGUGCUUCAGUCUCAGGUCCAGACUUCAGAAACUCUCCUCCAGGAUUUGCAGAAAUCUUUUAGUCAGUCGCAGAAUGCAGUCCAGAGCCGACUGGCAGAGUUGUCCCUUUCUCAGCGGAGGAUGUGCAGUGACCUGUCCAGACUGAGAGGAGAAGAGGUUGACGAGGAUAAACCAGACACCAGCCCAUCGUUACCUCCAGCUCUGCAUGGUGCGCACUGUGAAGAGCGCCUUCGAAUUGAAAUCGUCAACCUGAGGGAGCAGUUGGACACCCGGACGGACGAGAACGAAGUUUUAGAGGUGCAGCUUGCCACUCUGAGGACGGAGACGGAGAGGAUCCAGGCUCAGAAAGACCAGCUGCAGGCUGAGCUUCUGGCCUGCCGCGCCGAGCUGGAAGCCCUGCGGGUGGCGCUGUCUCACGUGCAGGCCACCAACAAAGCCGUCAGCAGUGAUAAAGCAGCUCUGAACCAACAGUGUCUGGAGCUUCGUAGCCAAGUGAUCAGUCUGCGCUCUCAAGUGGACACCAGCCAGGCCGUGCAGAGAGACUUUGUCCAGCUCUCUCAGUCACUGCAGGUGAAGCUGGAGUUGGUUCGGCAGGCGGAGAGUCUGGAGCAGGUCAGGGUAGUUUUGGGGGAGGAACGAAGUGAGGCUGAUUCCCAGCCCGCUGACACCUCAUGAGUUUUAGAAAAUGAUGUCGGGACCAAAGAGAGCAGGGUAACAUUAAUCAUUCCAGGCGUGACCGGGAGGCUUCAGCCGGCCACGUGAAGUUCAGACCCCGGGAGAGCGACCACAGCUGGUGCUGCUGCUGUUUCUAUGAUAACACUGGAAAUACUCCCGGACAGAAACGUUAUAAUCUUUUCCAAAUGUCAUGUUUUCAUGAUAAACCUGCUACCAAACAGUGACCAAAGCAAUACAGAGGAACCAUGAACAUGUUGACGGCGCUCUUUUUACACACUUUCUCACACUUAUUUUGUAUUAUUUCAGAUAAAUCAUUCCUCUCUCUACACUACAAAUGCAUAUGCAAACAGUUUGUUUCUAAAAGAAAUCACUCAGAAACCUGCUCAACUGUCAACACUUGACAUUGUAUCAGUAAUUAAUAUGCAAAUGCCAUUUCUCUUGCCUCUUUGUGAAGGAAAAAAACAAAAAACAACCCUUCAGGCACUCAAGCACAGUGCAAUAAUGACUUAUGACAUGAUGCAAGAUAGAAUAACUGCCUUCAAAUGUGAUUUUUAUUAGAUCUUAUUUUGACAUAAUGUAGUUAUAAAUAUUAUAUUUGUCAUUUUACAUGUUUAGAGUUAACAUUUGUGUCUUAACUGUAAUCGUGACAACCUUUCAGGAGAAGAAAACAGAGGCGAGAAAUAUAAAUAAUUGUCUUAUCUUGUUA